GCUUCGGAUCUUUGACAGUACGUGCUGCAGUCGACUCGGGUUGAAAGUUUGUGUGAUCUUGAUGAACUGAAAGCAUCAGUAGGAUCAUUUGUGUUAUGAGAUCUUAUUAGAAACACACAAGAUGCCAGUGUUUCACACAAAAAUCAUAGAAAGUAUCCUGGAACCUGUUGCACAGCAGGUAUCCAAAUUAGUCAUCCUUCAUGAAGAAGCAGAAGAUGGCAACGCCAUGCCAGACCUUGCCAUGCCGGUCCAGACAGUCAAGCUGGCCGUUGAUAAUCUUGUUAGGGUUGGUUAUGAAACAAUUAACAGUAGCGAGGACCAGAUCCUAAAACAAGACAUGCCCCAUGCCCUCCGCAGGGUGGAGGAAGCAUCCUUACUUCUUCUUAAGGCAUCAGAACUUCUCCGAACAGAUCCAUUCUCUGCACCUGCACGUAAAAAACUCAUAGAGGGUUCUAGAGGUAUUUUACAAGGAACCUCUGCCUUAUUGUUAGCUUUUGAUGAAUCAGAAGUGAGAAAGAUUAUCCGAGUAUGUAAAAAUGUGUUAGAAUACUUGGCUAUAGUAGAGGUGGUGGACCGAAUGGAAGAUCUCGUCACAUAUGUCAAGAAUCUAAGUCCAGUUCUUACUACAAUGGCGAAACAAGUGGAUGGACGGGAAAAGGAGUUAACACAUCAAGUCCACAGAGAGAUGUUAUGUCAGUCGCUGGAUCAGGUCAAAAACCUCACUCCUGUUGUCAUUAGUGGCAUCAAGAUCUACAUCACAGCCAAAGAGAACUACACCAUGCCUCAGCAGGUGGUUGAUGCACAGUGUAACAGAGAUUACAUGGUGAAGAAGAUGAGAGACGAAAUCCACGAAAUCAUUCGAGUGUUACAGCUGACAACAUAUGAUGAGGAGGAGUGGGAUGCUGACGACCUUGCCGUCAUGAGAAAACUGCAGAGCACAAUUGAUCAGAAGAUCAAAAAUGCUAAUGACUGGCUGGCAGACCCCACAGCGCUUGUUGGAGGGUCUGGCGACAAAUCAUUGCGACAGAUAUUAGAAGACUCGCGACGUGUAGCAGAUAGGUGCACAGACCCAGAGGACAGAGAUAUAAUAUUGAAGACAGUAGGAGACAUGGAAUCCAUGACUAAUGCCCUGUCAGAACUACGACAGCAGGGAAAGGGAAACAGUCCACAAGCCAUGUCUUUAGCCCGUCAAAUCCAAAGUAAAUUACAUGACCUUCAGAGACAGACCCAGAAAGCCAUUGUGAAGACUGAGAGAUCUGGUAUACGACGUCCUGCCCCUACCGUAGAGGGAAAGGUAGAACAGGCACGACAAUGGCUGUCACACCCAGGCAUGGACGACAGAGGACUCGGAGAACAAGCAACACGUAUGAUAGUAGCAGAAGGACGACGAGUAGCAGAUUCCUGUCCAGGGUCUCAGCGCUCAGAUCUUCUGCGGCUGUGUGAUGAGACAGAGAUACUCACUAAUCAGCUCUCGGAUCUCAUCAGGAAGGGCCAGGGGGAUAGCCCACAAGCCAAAGCAUUGGCUAAAGCUCUGACAGAAAAACUUCAUGCCCUCAAGUAUAAAAUACAGGAAGCCCUGCUCAGCCAGGUUGCUGAUGACUUUAUUGAUAUCUCAAUGCCGCUGAAAAACAUGACUGAUGCUGCCCUGGCACCCUUAGGAACUCCAGGCCGUGAUGCUAACUUUGCUGACAAGGCAAAACAGUUUGAGGACCAUUCCUCCAAACUAGCUGAUACUGCAAAUAUGGUGGCAACAAAAGGGGGAUGUAGAAACAAGAAAACCGUAGAGGCGAUCUUCAAGUCAUCAGCACAGGUCAAUGAUCUGACACCACAAGUGGUUACAGCAGCAAGAAUUGUACUCGCUGACCCCAACAAUGCUGCUGCUCGUGAUCAUUUUGACUUGAUGAAGAAACAGUGGACAGAUAAUAUGGAACAUUUAAGGAGUCUUGUAGAUGAGGCUGUUGAUACGCCAGCCCACCUUAAGGCCGUCGAGGAAGCUAUCCUUCGGGACACAGAUCGUGUAGAGGAUGGCAUCAGGACAAAUGAUCCAGCUAAAAUGGUAACAAACGGAUCUAAUAUUGCCCGUCGUGCAAACCGUGUACUUCAGGUAGCUCACACUGAGGCUGAAAACAGCGAGGACCCACGAUUUGUAGACCAGGUCAAUCAUGCUGCCGAAAACUUAAAGUCAACGAUCUCUCCAAUGGUUCAGAAUGCCAAGAUUAUGUCUAUGAAUCCCAAAGAUGGUAAUGCUGUCAACAACUGGAGGAAAGCCAACCAGAAUCUUAUAUCAGCGGUGGGCGACGUACGAGACAUAUUCCGAGAAGAGCCUGGUAAUGAGCAGUUCCCUCCUCCGCCACCAGACCUGUCACAACUUCACAUCACAGACCAUUCCAUGCCACCGCUGCCACCACCGCCAAUCUGGCCUUCCCAGGACUUUAGUGAGAUUUUCAACCUGGGCAGGCCGCCAGCCUCCGCUUACGGUCCGACUAGCGCCACCUAUAGUCCUGUAGUCGUAGAUAGCCCUCCAAAUAGAAAUAUCAUGGCUAGAGUUCCAGAUCAGUUUGCAGAUGGAUCUCACAUGAUGCCGCAUCCUGAAGCUACAAUGAGACAACAAGAGGCGUAUCCAGGCCAGUUUGCGCCCCCGGCACCCCCACCCCCGGUGCCCCCACCCCCUCAGGAUCAUUUCGGCUACUAUGGCAGAGAUGGAGCCCCACCACGCCCACCACUGCCGACAGACUCAACACCUCCAAGACCUCCUCCUCCAGAUACAGAUGACGAGGAAGAUAUGAUCUUUCCUUCAGUGCCUCAGGCAAACCAGCCUAUCAUGAUGGCUGCUCAUGCCUUACACAUGGAGACAAAGCAGUGGUCAAGUAAAGACAACGAGAUCAUUGGUGCGGCCAAGCGAAUGGCUAUCCUGAUGGCCAAACUCAGUCAACUGGUCAGAGGUGAGGGUGGCACCAAGAAAGACCUGAUCUCUACAGCCAAGAAAAUUGCAGAGGCAUCUGAGGAAGUAACAAGGCUCGCCAAGAAACUAGCAGCAGAAUGUACCGACAAAAAGAUGAGAACAAAUUUGUUGCAAGUGUGUGAACGUAUCCCAACUAUUGGUACACAGCUGAAGAUCUUAUCUACAGUCAAAGCUACUAUGUUAGGUGCUCAAGAACCCAUACCAGCUCCUGAUGGCAGCGAGAUAGCCUGUGGUUCUGAAGAAGAUCAGGAAGCUACUGAGAUGUUAGUUGGUAAUGCCCAGAAUCUCAUGCAGGCUGUCAAGGAAACUGUGAGGGCUGCUGAGGCUGCUUCCAUUAAAAUCAGAGUGGAUUCUGGAUAUACUAUCCGCUGGUUGAGGAAGAGGCCAUGGUAUACAUCAUGAGUGAAAAUUGUCGACAGGGCAGAAAACAAGUAAUAGGCUAGAGAGACUAGGAACAAACAGGCUGGAUAUUCCAUUGAACAAUGAAGAGAGGUUAAAAAAGCUGUUACCCAUGAUAGGACAGAUGAAGCCAUGUGAUGACAUUUGGGGGUGGGGUAGUGUGUUUGUACAGGCUGUUGUCCGUGAAUGUGUGGAUUAUUCUAGCUUUUUAUAGGAAUGUCUGUGUGUAUUGAACAAAAACCUUACAAAAAAAUGUGUAUUUUAUGACUUACGAAGCCAUACCAAAUUAAUUUGCAGUUCUGUUGGAUCACUUGUUGUAGAAAUUUAAUCUCAAGAAGGUUUUCAUUUUUCUAGAUUUCGAUGAAUCAUAAAUAUAUAUUUCAGUCUUUAUCUGGCAUUUUUUAUGUUAGCUCUUUGGAUAUGUGAGAAACUGUCAAAAUAUCUGUUAUGAUUAUAUCUGAAAAUGAAAUGGGGGGAAAAAAUGUAGAACAAAUUAAAUGUUAACCAAAUCUUCAUAAUAAUGAUAUUUAAUUAAAAAAAAAAAAACUUUCAUUGUUCUUACUGUUCAAAUUGUGAGAAUUCUUAAAGAACUACAAAUAAAUUUGAUAUAUGGCUUAUGUAUUGAGUAUGUGUAUUUUUAAACGUAUUGGAAAACAUGAGGGAUAUGCAAAUUUUUCAUGUCAUCAUACAUUUCCUAAUGUCAUGUUCCUAUCAUGUGAAUGCCAUGGCAUUGUCUACAAGGAUGAUCAUUUGAUCUAAAAUAUUGUAAGGAGAGUGAUAUAUUAUGCAAUGUACAAAAUACACUCGACUUGUUGGUGGACUGUUCUAUACAUACUCGGCCAUCAGUGUGUCUCUUAUUCUGUGGAGCAUUAAUUUUGAUAAUCUUUAUAUUAAUAGCUAAAUUACAGUGAUUUUUUUUCUCAUGAAAAUCAAUUUUAAUCAAUAUGAGAAUCUCAAAUUUAGGACUAAAGUGUGUCAUGUCACAUGUUUCCUCAUCUAUAUCCAUGCUUUCAGACACAAAUUGAAAUCAUCAUUCUUAUUUCAUGACAUUUUUAAGAGUGAUUGAUUUUAAACAGGAACAGAAAUUCUUAAUAUUUUCCAGAAAUACAGUUUGUGCUAUUCCUUAUGAUUCAAUAAUAGCUGUACAUAUUCUCGCUUAGCAUUGAAAUAAUUUUUGUCUGUUGUUGUCUCCUCAUAGUUUAGAAAAUGUUUCAUUUUCAAGCAUUUUGUUUUGGUGUUUCUACAGAACCAAAAAAAUGUCUUAUUUGAUAUAUUUUUCCCUUUCAUGUUUUCCAAUGUCUACAUUUUACUACAUUGGUUACCAUAGUGUUUGUUUUGUUGCUGUAUCUUCUAUAGCACUGUGUUAAUGUUUAUUUUGCUGUGUUCCAGUGUAUAUAACAGGAUGUAUAGAUAGUUGUCCCUGGAACGCCCUAUUUAUGAUGUCAUGGUGCUAUAUUAAACCAAUCUGUUUAUCGUUAUAAUCUGUACAAUUAUGAUCCCCUAAUACUAUUUGUGUACUCUCCAUGGGUACCAUCUAUGUACUCCCCUAGUACCACCUGUGUACUCCACUAGUACCAUCUGUGUACUCCCCUAUUACCCCCUGUGUACUCCCCUAUUACCCCCUGUGUACUCCACUAGUACCAUCUGUUUACUCCCCUAUUACCCCCUGUGUACUCCCCUAGUACCAUCUAUGUACUCCCCUAGUACCCCCUGUGUACUCCCUUAGUACCACCUGUGUACUCCCUUAGUACUACUGUGUACUCCCCUAGUACCACAUGUGUACUCCCCUUAAACUAUCUGUGUACUCCCCUAGUACCACAUGUGUACUCCGCUUAAACUAUCUGUGUACUCCCCUAGUACCACAUGUGUACUCCCCUAGUACCACCUGUGUACUCCCCUAGUACCACAUGUGUACUCCCCUAGUACCACCUGUGUACUCCCCUAGUACCACCUGUGUACUGCCCUAGUACCACCUGUGUACUCCCUUAGUACUAACUGUGUACUCCCCUAGUACCACCUGUGUACACCCCUAGUACCACCUGUGUACUCCACUAGUACCACCUGUGUACUCCCCUAGUACCACCUGUGUACUCCACUAGUACCACCUGUGUACUCCCCUAGUACCACAUGUGUACUCCCCUUAAACUAUCUGUGUACUCCCCUAGUACCAUCUGUGUACUCCUCAAGUAUCACCUAUGUGUUGCUAAUAGUUUGUCAUUCUCUAUCAAACAACACAUUGAUUAACUGUACAACAUAAUUAUUACAGUACAGAAAAUAACAUGAUGUUUUUUUUAUCAUUGUUUAAGUAUCAGUCAAUAAAGAUAAAAGUCUUAAUCUUUUUUUACAAUUAUUACCAAAGAUUCCCUAAGAAUUUUCAUCACUUAAUUAUUUGAGGGUAGAAAUGAAGCAUGCCUGAUGAAAAAUCCAUUAAGGAUGUACAGUGUAUCUUACAAAUUGAUAAUGGAAGUACAAUGCACGAUGGUUUAGAGAACUAGAAUUGUGUAAUUUCAGAUUUAUGGGCUAAAUUUAGACAGGACUAGUAAGACAGCUGGUUAGACCUUUUAAUUGUAUUGCUUGUGCCAUAGCUAGUCAUGUUGUAGGUUUACUCUGAUAAAUUUAAGGACCUACUCUGCUGUGCAGUGUACUCCUCAUAUGUUGUAGUACUAUACUGUAUGUAGUGAUUACAUAGAUGUAUCUUAAACAAGACUUUUUGAGUAGAUGAUGACGUGUAUUAACUCCAUUAAUUAAGGAUAUAUGCUACCUUAUACUGUUAUGUACUCUUUCCAGAAGAUUUCCAUUCUACAUUAUGUAAUUUGAAAUUUGGUGAUUUGAUAACAAACUUGAUGAGUGUAAAGGAUAUGUUCUAUUGAUGAUGUUCAAGCAAUUCUUAAUCAUUAGAAAAGAUACUAAAUGGAGCAAACUUUCCAUACAGACAACUUUAUAAUAGAAUAUAAUCCUUUAUAUGAUUUGUAAAUAAAUAACUCUCUUUAACACAAGGGUUCAUAAUCCAAAUUAUAAAGUAAAGAGACUACUUUAAAGAUUUUUAAGUCCCUCGUAACUUAAUAUGAGAUAUGUGUGGAAUGAACAAUUAAAUCCUAUUAUGAUGUAUACUGGUAAAUGGUAAGUCUAUUUUCUAGAGGAUGUGGAAAACUAGUGAAAAAUAUUUUCUGCAAGGUCUGUUAUGUAAAAGACAACACCUGGUGUAAUUUUAGAAUAUAUGUUUCUACAAUCUGUUACAGGUCACAUUGUCAAUAUUGAAUUGUAGAUCUACAAUUUGUAUUGCUUUAUGGAAUAUACUAUACCCAUCCGUCAACUUUUUCAAUAUUAUCUUCCAUCUCUCAGUUUGGUAAUGACCGGAGAACUAAGGGAUAUUUGUAUUGCACUCCGUACUUAACAGUGUGAUUUGAUUGGAUAAGUUUCACUUCAAAAAUUACAAUUUCCUUUUUUAAGGGAAAAAAAAAAGAGAUUUUUUUUAACUCCGUAUGUAGCUACUAGGUUUGAAAUAGCUACAGAAGUCUCCAUUGUUCGUCGUUUUAUGUCCCACCCUGAAAUAGCCACAGCUUAUUGUCAUGACCUUGGUCACCACUCAGUCACUAUUUGAACACCUUUUGACUUUGAAAUAAAAUUUGUUAUUUGUAAUGAGGAAAUGCAGGGCAAGUUUGUAUUUACAGUCAACUAUCCCCAGUGUCAUGGCCCUUGGGUUGAGAACAUUUCAAGAAAUACAUUUAAAGAGACAAUGAUCAGUUUUAUAUUCCCAGAGCUAGGUGGAGAUAUUGAACUGAAAUUUUAUGUUUAGUUACAUUGUUUACAUCUGGUCAGCUAUUCAUUACCAAGUAACUUUAUUUGUCGGUCUCAUUCAAUCUACACCUGACACAGUUUGAAAUAUCAUGAAUACACCUCACACAAAUUUUUGAAUGUUUAAAAGCCCCAUGCUUGCUCAUUUGUUACUGGCAGGGCCAUUCAUGUCACAAUGACAACCACCUAGGAUAACUUCUUACCAGUAUUUUAUCUGAAGUUUCAUGAUAAUAUAUUUACGGUGCAUGAAGUCGUAUGACAUCAGUUAUUAGCCUGUUAUUAUUGUAGGAGUAUAUCUGAAACUCUUUAAGUCUUUAUUUCCAUAUUAUGAUAAGUAUACCAGAAGUACAAUGGAGAGAUUACAUCACAGUAACCAAUGAAAUUUACCUCUAACCCAUCCUGUCAAUAGUUCACUGUCCACUUCCAUCGAUACAUCGUCAAACUUAUGACAUAUUGGGAUGAAGGAGUCAUGUGUUUAUUAUAUUUGUGACAUUUGUUGAUUUUUUUUCACUAUAACUGACAUUGCUGAUUUUUAUCUAUCCUAAAUAUUUUAUAUUUUGCUAUAUUUAAGUGCAAUUAGCUGCCUGUGUAAUAUGUUAAGGGCAUGUAUAAAAAAUGUUUGGUGAACCCCGACCCUCUUUGUUUACACUCUACAAUAUACUGUUUAGUGCCUUUAGCAAAUUUAUGAUAUAUUUGUAUACAAUAAAUCUCACACUUCAUAAACACAA